AUGUCGUCGCACAUGACCUUCCCAUCCGACCUGCCCGUCCCAAAGGAUGAUCACAAAGCCUCUCAUCUGAUGGGACAUCCUCUUCCCUUUCUCCCUUCCGGUCUACAAAGCACCUCCGCCACCACCACCACCUCCUCCUCCACUCAAAGUCCCUCCUCCGUAGACCUCUUCCAAGCAAGUCUUCGAAAUCCCGUUCUGCUCUUCAUCUACCCCAAGACGGGUCAGCCAGGCAAGAAUGUUCCGGCAGAGUGGGACGCUAUACCGGGAGCGAGAGGCUGCACGCCUCAUCUGUGCAGCGUGAAGGAUUCCAUAGACGCUCUUAAAAUGGCAGAGCCUGAUUUACAGACAAACUCCACGCGGAUGCGCCAACAUUUCCGCAUCCACACAAGUCCGAUCGAAGCGCCCUAG